GAUAAAUUUAAAAAUCAAUUCUGUACCCACAGCGUUGGUGGCCAUGUACCUCCACGAGAAUUUUACGCCAUGUUCUCUGCCUCCAAACACGCGGUCACAGCGCUGACAGAGGGACUCCGACGAGAACUGGUCAACCUCAAGUCCAAAAUCCGUGUCACCAGCCUCAGUCCUGGACUGGUGAGGACAGAAAUGCCUCCCGAAAAGUUUUUGGACACCUGCCCUUCCCUGAACCCUGAGGAUAUUGCUGAUGGCGUUUUGUACGUUCUGGGUGUUCCACCUCAUGUUCAG